GGUGAUGAGGCACCUGGGCGAGGCCGCUGUGGCCGCACGUGGUGAUCAGCGAGGCCGCCGCCUGCUCCCAGUACUGGUGGGCGCACUUGCUCUACGUCAACAACUACAUACAGGACGACACGCAUUGCUUCCCGCAGAGCUGGUACCUAGCAGCAGACACGCAACUCUUCGGGCUCGGCCUGCUCGUGUGCAUCCUGUUCCGCAAGCCGCGCGCGCAGAUCAUCGCGCUGACCGUCAUGCUAAUCGUCGCGCUGGCCAUCCCGGCCGCGCAUCUCUAUUUCCAGAACUUGGGGGCUGUGGUGCAUCUAUCGCCUGAAACAUACCGCACCCUUUUCCGGUUCAACGACACAUUCCGCAUCAUCUUCGUGGGCGGUCACACGAACAUGUCUACGUACGCGCUGGGCAUCGCUGGAGGGUUACUCACCUACCACUUGCUUAAGAACGAGAAAAGCGUCUCUCAGAAACUUCAGAAAUACCCGUGGGUGAUGUGGCUGACCUUCCCGAUCGGCGUCGGCACCAUUUUAUCCGGCGGUAUCUUCUACAUGGACGGAUUCGAACCCUCGACCGCACUGAAGAUCAUCUACGGCGCUAUACACAAGCCCCUGUUCCAGUGCAACAUCAUCAUUAUCAUCAUUGCCUGCAUCUUUAAGGUGGAAACCGUGUUCCGUGGCAUCCUCGAAUGGCGCGGCUUCACAUGGAUGGGACGCGUGUCAUACACCGCGUUCCUGAUGCACUCACUGUUCCAGCGUGGUGUGGUGGGCUCACAGCGCCUGCCGUCUUACAUGUCCGAUUUCUACAUUGUGGUGCUGCUAGCAGCCACAAUCUUCCUAGCGUUCGGCGCCGGAGCCCUGCUCUGGGUGACUGUGGAGUCCCCGCUCGCCAUCGUCACCAAGAACCUCCUGUCCCCUCCCAGGAGGAAGAGGCCCGAGCCAGCUGAGGACGCCAAGGAGAAGGAUGUUACCACCAAAGUUUAGGUUUAAGUUAGAUUAGUUGGAGACUAGACCCGCCCCAGUUAACAACCCUUAACCAAUACUUAUACGGGCCAUUUUUUUUUUCAAAGUUAUCCAUCCUACUUUUUUUUUAUUUAGAAAUUUUUAUGUGGUUUCCACUCAGAAUCA